AUGGUCGAAGGCUUCAGGUCAAAAGCCACUUUAAAAACAUUGGUUGUUCUAAUAACUUUGUACACAGUAACAUCGCAGGCCAGAGUGAAACAAAACAGACUGUACUAUAUGUAAAUAUUGUGAUUUGACGUUUAUGUAACUGGAAUACACAUGAAGGCCUUCAUUCAAGUACCUGGUACUAAAUGGCAGAAAUACAUGCUGAUCCUGUUGCCUUUGGGUACAAGGCAUAUUUUGAAAACAGUAAAAUGCACAUAUCUCAUGAAAUGAUAUGUGAGGAGAAUAAGGAACAACACAUGUUUAAUCCAGAUGAGGAAUGUUAUUGCACAAAAGAAGAUUUCAUAGUUUUUGCUGAAUUUUCUGAAGUUAUGGGGCCAGUUCCUCUACUAACAUUCCCUUUGGCAAUCAAAGAUGAUCCAAAAAUAGAUGUCAACACGCUUAUUCUGAAAAUCAUGUCUGUUGACUACCAUGCAACUCCCAGUGGCCAGUUUACUUUCUGUGAGGAUGUGCAGGUUCUGCAAGCAGAUGUUGUACCUGGCCUACAUGCCUAUGUUCACUACUGCACUCUCCAUGACCUAGGGGCCAGGGGGUUUGUACGACCACUCUGCUUUGCCUAUUUAUCGACUGACUUAAUAAAAGUGCAAUCACUGUUUCCUACUCUUCGAGAACAGUUCCUAAAGGCAACAGAAAUCCUGCAGUUCAAUAAUCGACAAUGGUUUGUGGAAGAACUUCUAAGAAUGAUGACCACUUUAAAGGAAAAACAAAACAUAUAUUUUUCAUUGAAACAGAAAGAGGAAGAAGGGAUUGAGUUGUCAACAGAUGAAGAGAAGAUCCUUAAUAGUUCUUCAAUAGAUCAGCUAGUUUCACAAUACACUGAAUAUAAGAAUAUGCUUCAUGUGGCAGAGCCAUACAUGAAUAACCAAACAGCACAGGAAGUUGUGAAUGUUUGGAAAGGCAGCCUUGUGAGUGCAGAGAUGAUGCACACAGGUGUCAGUCGCUACAUGGCAAAAUUACGCCAUGAAUUGCUGAACCACGGUAUCACUUCUGCACAGCACAAUGGGCCAUCACUUCGCGCAGUAGUGGCUCUUAGUCCAUGGGGCCUUGCUUUCCUCUUGUGGGAGCUCAUGUGUAUCCAGCGACAACAUCGCAGGUGUCGCCUCAGCAAGAUGGUCUACAUGUUUGCACAGGAUGAGGAAUUACUAACCGAGGGGAUACAGAAACACUCAUCAGAAAGAGCAUUACACGAACCUGAAUAUCUGUCACUACUUAGUGCUCUUACAUACCCUGUAGACAGACCAGACAGUAGCCAUAAACGUUGCAGUCAAGACAGCUUAGAUUUCCUGGAAGCUAGUGCUGUUGUUAGUCUAACUGAAGGAAGCAGCAGUUACCAUUCUGCCCCAGAAUCGGUCAGUGACAUAGUGAUUAAAAAACAGCGGAGCAGUAGUAGCAGCAAUUCAGAAAGCAAUGGAAGUAGUCAGCCAAGUUGUGAAAGUUAUGUUGAUGUUUCUGAACCAGACAGCUGGGCAGAAUCUGAAUCACCAUUGCAGCAUCUGGAUAGUGAUCAGCAAAAAUUAUUCACGUUUUGUGUAUGGGACAGCAGCAGAAGCCAACUACCAAAUGGACUACCAGGAAAAAAUUUAUUGAAAUUCUUCAAGAGCUUUCCCAAGGCUGCCCAUCAUGUACUGUACUCUAUUCUUAUUGGGAGGACAGUUGUCCUUGCUGGAAGUGAAGCAAUGGAGAAGAAGGUGAACAAGAUAAUAGAUGCUCUGGUAGUAUUAUUUCCUGUGAAAUUUGAAGAGGUAGUCAGAAUUCUUAGGUGGCAUCGUGGAAUACUUGUUUCAUCACAUAUCAAUUCAUAUCAACUGAUUGGGGUCUGUGUUCCAGAACGCAUUUCUGUUCAUGAUAUGAUUAGCUCCAGAGACAAGAACAUGGUGACAAUACUGGAUAUAACAAAAGAACAGCUCUUUGGACCAGCAUAUUCAGGCCAAUUUCUGUCAUCCUUAGAAACUUCACCACAGUUCUUUCAGAGUGACCAAACAUUGAUCCUCUUCCUGCAGUCCAUUGCUGCCGAAAUUCUUCAGAAGCUGUUUCUUUUUAGAAUGUCAUUUGUCUCUCCUGUUGGUGACUCAAGAAAUGCUGACCGCUCUCCAGGUGAUAUUCUGAGAGAGAUGGGGGUCCACGGCUGUGAUGCAGAAAUUAUUAAGUAUCUAUUCAAGAUUGGAAUUUCGGAAACAAUUUGAAAUAUUACAGGAAAAACUUGAACCGUCUUCAUUUCUUUAUACUGCAUUUUCCAUUGUGUGCUGUAUUUACCCAAUUGCAGCGGUGUAAUAAUUUACAAACUGCCGUGGUUAUAACCAUAUCAUUAAAUCUUAAGACAAGCUGUGAUAAUAUUUUUUGAUAUUUUACAUUUAGUUUCACAAGCUGUAAACAUGGUUUACAGGAGACUCAGGGUAUUAGAGUAAUGUGGUAGUCGUGCGUGCUCACUGCCUCUGUUUAUUCAUUUUUGUUUUAACUGUCAGCUUCACGUUUUAGUGAAGCAAAUUUAAGAAAAGCAAUAGUGCUGGAAUCAAAAAUGUGUACUUGAAUAUUAGCUUUUAGCAGUAUUAAUAACCAUGUGAUCUGUUAAAACAAAGACAUAAAAGUGCAUUAAAUGGUUUCAUUGUUAUGUGAUCUCUCCAUAGGUGAUAGCUGAUUGUAUUUCAUGAUCAGUUUCUUUCAAGUAAAGAUUAACGCAAAAUAAUCUUGACACAUAAAAGCAUUUUGGGAAUACUGAUUUCGAGAUUUUCUUUGUCUUUCAAAGCAUGUCAAUUCCUUUGGGAUGGGAAGUAAUACAGAGAUAUCACAUAAAAGAAUGGGAAAAUAAUGAAUUCACAAAAAUUUUUACUGAAAGUCAGAAAUGGGAUUGCCAUAGCUCAUAGCUAUUAUUAGUGUUCGGUUUGUAAAGAUGAGCAAGAACCAGAAAAUGACAGUGAAAUGAAAUUUUAUCUAACUUUAAUGUGAUUUGAUGUUAGGUGUGAGUGUGAAAUAAUGUGAAACCAACCAAGCCAAACACAUUGUUUGCAUCACACAGUAUCAAUGAUGUCUUUGAAAAAUUGAGAGCAUAACCUAAUGUAUUUAUAAUCAUGUUACAAAAGUCAUAUGUGCAAUAUUUAUUAUUCAUUUUAUAAUAUUAAAAGUACAAACAGAAUGACAAAUUUUUAAUGUUUCAGAAGCCAAGUCUGAUGAAUAACUGUUGUCUUUAAGAAUUAUAUUGAAACAGAAGGCGAUAAGGAAAAUAUUGUUAAAAAGUUGGUGUACUAAAUUGAUUUUUUCAUUUAUUACUGUUAAGGAAUUACUGUUCAUUAUAUAUUGUUAGCACUAGAAAUAAGUACUGCAUUCAUUAACCAAUUAAGGUGCUAAAUAAUACGUUACUGAGUACAAAAGGGCUUCCUUGUAUCUGUCGGUGGUCUUCCACUGACACUCUGAAGGAACAAUAUUGUUUGCAAAUAAUUAUUUUAGACAUGAACUGUUGUAUGUUUAUCAUAAAGAAGGUAAAGUCUAGGAAAUAAAUGUUUUCCUAGGGUACUGCUUUGUACUUAUAUUCUUUAUGGUACUUAAUAUUGCCUUUUGCUGACUGUGAUAUCAUAUUUCUCAUUGCAUUGACAAUUAAAAAUGUGUGCACCAUUA